AUGGAUGAAUUACGAGGACCGAAUAUUCAAAUAGUCCUUCACGUUAAGGAAGGACUUGGAUUUGGUUUCCUGAGAAUACCGUUUGUAGUCAGUGGCUCACUAAAUGGAUAUGUACUCGAGACGGACCCUGUGGUGCCAACUCAUGCGCCAGCCUUUGAUGCCGAGUUAGUUUGGGAAGCUGAUAAGAGGAGAUUUCGAAGUCUCCGCGUUCAAAAUGUACCUAUCAAGGUAGAAGUGUUUACGACUGGUACUCAAGGGAGGAAGGAUAAAGUAGGAUAUAUCUUGCUUAGCCUACUUGGAGCGCAACCAUGCCCAACAAAUAAAAUUGUUGAUAUAAAGUAUUCAUGGCAUAAACUGCUAGGAGUAAGAUCUGAAGGAAAAUGCUGCCACCCUCAAUUACUGAUGAGUCUGUCGAUUGAAGACAGAGUAAAUACGCCAACUCCGCGCAACGAACUUCGCAUGUUCCACAGUAAUGAAGUAGCAUAUCCACCGACGUAUCGUGCCAACGACACGCAAUUUACAAGACCAAUGCUGUUGACAUUUCAGGAGUACAUAGAGGAAAGUAAAAAGUCUGUGUCAUCCCCCCGAUCUCCAACCGCAACUGAUAUGUGA